UGCUGUACCUCCACGUUGUCGACGCUCGAAUCACUACACGCAGGGCGGAAGCGGCACAGCGCCGUUAGUCGGGCAGUCAGUCAGUCGGACCGCGACUGUUAAUUGUUUCCCAACACGUAACCCGCAGGGAGGGCGUCUCCGUACUUCACCUACAUAACACGCGUGGUCCCUGCGGCGCGCGUGCCAAAAAUACAUCGCCGCGAGCCGGCCGUGCCCGCGUUCCGGUUUGCAGUGCGGCCGCCGGCUGCUUCCGCCGCUGUGUUGCGCUGCGGGGGAGACCAGCACGCGCGUGCGAAAGAAACCAUGGUCGACAUCAGCAGCCCUUUUCUCAACCUCCAGAAGGGGACGUCGGUCCUUCUCAACGUCCUGAACCGUGCUGACACCAACGGAGACGGCGUACUUGCAAAAGAAGAAUUCCUCAAUUUCUUCUGGGAUGCUAUACUCACGGAAGAUGAACUCUGUCAACUUUUUGAUGAAAUCAACAUUCACAGAACAGGCUUUAUAGAUGCUGGUGAGCUCAGCGCCUUCGUGUGGCAGCACAUGGGGACAUUUCCAGGACUUCUGGCUGCUCUCGAGGACCUUAGCGUGACUGUUACAAAGGGGCUGCAACAAAUGGAGAAGGCAUACGAUUCCAGCAGCAUUCAGGAGCAGUUCGUGUCGAGAUUCUUGGUGAGAGAGACGGUGUAUCAACUUUCCAAGCUGACCGCAGCGCUGGAUGCCUCCCAGAAAAGGCUACAGGAAGAGGGCAUCCCACUCAUCGACGGAAGUGACAGCAGCGACGAUGGCGACGAGGCUCUACGCAGUCCCGCUCCCAUAUGGCACUUGCGGUCACACAUAUACAAGACACUGCAGCAUCAAAACAUAGAGUGCUUGAGAAAGCCUGAAUUCCUCAACACAAUGGAGAUACCAGGCAGCACAUUUGCCCUGCAUUCAAGCGAACAACCUUUCAAGGACCACAACUUCUCACACUGA